CCAAGCUAAAACAAGACGUAGGAGCUUCAAAAUGUAGCAUUUAGACGUGCUUUCACGUAUCGUGAUCUAGAAGUGUUCUGAGAAGUCCUCGCGAGCCCAUUAUGUUGUGAAGUAUGAGAAGCGCCUUGCCGUCUUGAUAAUGACGCUGCAAUGUCCACCACCGUCCAGCGGCGCCCGGACCCAGCAGACGCAAAAACUAUCCACCUUUCCUGUGCACCGCGCCGUCGCAAGAAGGUAGAAAGCUGCCCAAGCCCUCGUUUGCAGGUACUAGGAAGAUAUAAUCCGGUAAUUGACCUCGUCGCUUCUUCCCUCGCUCUAGCUUCUAGUACCGGACCAAAAACGGCUACAAAAUUCCGUCCGUAACGGAGCUUCCGCCGAAGGAUCCGACGGCGACCGGAUCUUCUAUGGAGUGCAAGAGUAUCGUGCCUGUUCCAGCAACAAAAUGUAGUAACACGACAAUCUUACAGAAGUUCAAUACCGAAUUUCUCAUGCUGAUUUUGGAGAGGGAAAGAUAUUGUCAUGCGAUAUAGAUAUUGCAGUUUCGACGACGACAUUCGCGAACUACACGAUACAACUUCAUUUACCUUGUAUACCUUCGGCGUCGGGUUCGACGAACAUGAGCGGCGGGGAUGACACCUACGCGCCCGGCACGCUCAUCUGGAUCCGGUCCGAUGAGGAGGUGUGGCAGGCGGCGGAGGUCCUCUCCGCCGGCAAGGGCGAGAUCGUCGUCAAGCUCGACAGCAGCAACGAGCAGGUCGUCGUGAACCCCCAGAAGGACCCGAUCUACCUGCGAUCACGGGAUUUGUACACGGCGGAGGGGUUGGUCGCGCUGGAUGAUCUGACGCAAUUAACGCAUCUCCACGAGCCGGCAGUUCUCCACUCGCUUCAAAUGCGGUUCGACAUCGACAAGAUCUACACCUUCACCGGGCCGAUCUUGAUCGCCGUGAAUCCGUUUAAGACGAUAGCCGAUUUGUACUCGUUGAAAAGCUUAAAGUCCUACAUCCAGAACGCCGCAACAUCUGGGCAAGUGCCGGAGAAGGACCAACAGCAGAACAAACCGCACGUCUACGCCACGGCGGCGGCCUCGUUCAAGGGGUUGUGUGAGGGAAACAAGUCGCAAACGAUCUUGAUCUCCGGGGAGUCCGGGGCGGGGAAGACGGAAACGACAAAGUUCGUUAUGAAGUUCCUGGCUUUGGCUGGCGCCGGGGAAAGCGGGGUCAGCGACGUGGAGAGGCAGGUUUUGGAGUCAAAUCCCCUGCUGGAGGCGUUCGGAAAUGCGAGGACGUUGAGGUAAAAAGUACAAACCGUAAGGCUUUCCGUUUGAUGUGCUGCACGAUCUCAGAUCAUGCAUAGGGGCUCCGUACACGUUUUACUUGCAUUUUUCCUGCACAAAAUCCUCAAUCUCAUACAGAAACGACAACUCUUCUCGUUUUGGGAAAUUCAUCGAGUUGCAGUUCAAGCCCGAGCAGAGCGCCAACAAGAACUACCGACUCUGCGGCGCACGGAUCCACACUUAUCUUUUGGAGAAGGUCCGCGUUACGGAGCAGCAGGAAGGCGAAAGAGAUUUCCAUUUGUUCUACCAGGCCUGCGCCGCCGCCGCCGCGAGUGUGAGCGGCAGUGGCUCACCGGGCGCGGGAGAGUUGGUUUACAAGGUACAGAACCUGGUGUCCUCGAUGAGGGUGUGGCGUUUCUUAUGCUCAAUAAAACAGCGCAUGAAGACGUAGAUGAAUGUGUUGUUUCGUUUCUUGCUAUACGUAAAAACAAAAUUGACAGUUUCCCCAACUCCGAAACGACGCCCGCCCAGCAACGCUGGACUUAACCGGUUUCGCCGAGUUUUCCCACUUUCGCUACCUGACAAGGUCGAGCUGCUGGCAGUUGAAGGAUGUGUCGGACGUACUGCAAUUCGAGCACACAAUAAACGCCAUGCUAACAAUAGGGAUAACAGAAGCACAGGUAUUAGUUCUUCUCCUUGUCAUCUUGAUCUUCUGAGGCGUGGUCAGGACGAAGUGUGCAAUUUGUAUUGCGAAAACGGAAUUUUUUAAGUGAGAAUCUGUAAAGUAGAUUGCCAUGCAAAAUAUCCAAAAGGAUUCGUCCAGGUCAACGCCAUUUUCGGGUGCGUCUGUGCCGUUCUGCACCUCGGUUCCUGUACUUUCGAACAAGACCCAAAAGACAGCGACGCAUCGGUCUUGGCGGAGAAGACCAAGGACCGCAUGGCCCACGCUGCGAGGUGUCUCGGCGUCUCUCCCGAGAAGUUCGCGCACGCCUGCAGUCACAAAACGAUCAAAACCGCCACGGAGGGAUCGGUCAUUGCCGAUCUGAACAAAAAUCAAGCAGAAGCCUGUCGCGAUUCCGCCGCGCGGUACCUCUACGGCCGGGUUUUCUUAGACGUGGUCCAGAGAACGAACGAAUCCAUUGGGUACCGAACGGACGUCGAGCUGUUUUGCGGCGUGUUGGACAUUUUCGGCUUCGAGUGCUUCAAGGUGAACAGCUUCGAACAGAUCUGCAUCAACUACACAAAUGAAAGACUGCAGCAGUUUUUCAACGAGUUUGUUUUCAAACUGGAAGAGUCUCUGUACAACCGGGAAGGGAUUCCGUGGGACCCAUUAGAUUUCCCCGAUAAUCAAGACUCGGUCGAUUUGUUGGAAAUCAAACCCUCCGGGAUUUUUGCGAUGUUGGAUGAGGAGUGCAUGGUGCCGAACGGCUCCGACCAGGGGUUCGUGAACAAACUGGUCAAGCAGCACAGCGCCCACAGGAGAUUCGACGUGAUCAAAACGCGGCCAAACUGGUUCGUCGUCAAGCACUUCGCCGGGCCGGUCGGAUACGAGUCGGCGAAUUUCUUGGAUAAGAACAAAGAUCAGCUCUCGAUGGAUGUGGUGGAUUUGAUGAAAAGCAGCGAAAACGAGUACGUGCGGAAUUUGUUUUUGACCGACAAGAAAUUCCAGGAGCAGCACAACGCGGGCGAAAGGAGAAUGAGCAAGAAGCGGAUUGUGACGAUAUCGAGUGAGUUCCGGGACCAGUUGCAACAUUUGAUGACAACGGUGAAGUCAACCGAACCACACUUCAUCCGGUGUAUCAAGCCGAAUCCGGACAAUCUGUGUGACGUGUACGAUAGGCCAGGCGUCACGGAGCAGCUGCGGUAAGAUCGUGCGGCCUUUGCUUUAGAUGCAAGAGUAUCCAAACAGAUGAUUGAUACUCGAUGAUCAAAUUGCUUGUUCUGAUGUUCAUGGUUUUAUGCCACUACUAUCAGGUACGGUGGUGUCUUGCAAGUGGUCCAGGUUUCCCGCGCGGGAUACCCGGUUCGCGUCAAGCCAGAGGACGCUUGGCUCGACUACCGAAUUCUCCUUCCCACCCAUCUCCGAAAGGAUUACGAGGAGAUGGCCGACCUUUCCGCUUCCGACAGGGUGAAGAAGAUGCUCACCUACCUCGUGCGAGAACUGAACAUCGUCAUCGCUAACUCGGUCGGUCCGGUGUGGGCGGUCGGCAAAACUUUGGUGUUUUUCAAGCAGCACACGUACGAGCGAAUUUCGCAGCGGAGGCUGAUCAUCCGCGGGGCGGCGGCGGUCAAAAUCCAGGCAAAAUACAAGGCGGUGAAGGCCGCCCGGGAAUUCGAGUUGUUGCAGUACUGCUGCAGCCAUUUGCAGGCGUUGCUCCGGGCGAAGGAAGCAAGGGAUUUGCUGGACGCGAAGCGACAGGAAUUCGCAGUGGUGCAGAUACAGAAGGUCGCAAGAGUGCAGUUGGCGAAGAAAGAGUACUAUUGCUGCAUGUGUUGUCGUGCAUCGUCUUUGAAAGACUCUGAUGUGAUUUUGGAUUUGUAAUUUGGUAGAUUAUCGUGCCUGUGCUGCGCCUUGGUUCAGCUGACGCACCAUGACACCAAUAGCAACCUGAGCGAUCAAGAUCGUCCCCAUCAACUACAACACCUGUACUAGGUACCGCAAAAUCCGCAAGGCGAUCAUUCUGAUGCAGGCCGCGUGGCGGGGGAAGAAGGGACGCUCUUUCGCCAAGGAAUUCAAAAAGUUCAAAGCGAUCACGAAAAUCCAGGCCACCUACCGGUCCGUGCUCGAACGCCGGAUUUUUGUCGCUAUGCGGCUGGGUAUCAACCAGCUGCAGACCAGGUGGCGCAUGAAGCAGGCCAAGGUGCAACUGAAGAAAUUGAAACAGGAGGCGAAGGAGGUGGGCAACCUGCUCGCGAAGCACCAGAAACAGCAGGAAUUAGUCAAGGAACAGUCGCGGAAACUGCAAGAAACGGAAUCUCUCGGAUUGCAGUUGAAGGCGGAGAACAAAGAUCUCUCCAACCACGUCAGCAAACUGGAGCAGGAGCUGAAGAAGCAGGAGGAAAAAAUGCAAGAAUUGCAGCAGGAUGAGGAGGUCCGCAGGAAAAAGGAGGAGGAGGAGGGGUCACUGGCGAAGAUAAAAACGGAGGAAUUGGAAAAGUUGGAAUCCGAGUCGGAUUCGCUGAAACAAGAGAAUUCAAAAUUGAAGGAGGAAAUCGCGACUCUGAAGCAAGAAGUGGAGAAGUUGCGGGAACAGGUGGAGCAAUCAAACACGAGGUAUACGCAGCUGCUGAAGAACACGGCGAUGCAGUCCAUGGGCCAGGGCGUGGCGGAAGCAGGGGGGCCGAGAGGGAACCGGGGCCACAAAUCGGUGGAUAUUCAAUUAGUGGGGAUGCAGGGUGUGGGGAAGACGUGUCUGUUGGAGAGGCUGAUCCAGGAGUCCGACCCGGCACAAAUACCGAAAUUCCAGCAAGACAGAGCAAACUUCAUGGGAAGAUAUCAGGUAAAAACAUUUUUCCAGCUUUAUGUUACCACCGCUACAAUUUGGUUGGUUUUUGUCAUGAAUCAAAAGUGACGUGAGUGCAAAGAGCUCGUUUGAUCUGCAGGCGUCUUUUUGUGAUGCGCUUGCGCGUCCAACAUGUCCGCAUUAGUACCAUCACAACAUUUCCAGGUUCGUGUCGGUGGCGAGGAGAGUCGCGCCUUGAACAUUUUGGAUUGCAGUGGCAACCCGCGCGCCGCCCAGCACAUCAAGGAAUACUUCGCCCGGUCCCUCUGGGUCAUCGUCAUCUACGAUCUUUGUUCCACGGAAUCCUUCAACCUGGCGAAGGACCUCAUGCGCGCCGCGACGCAACAAGGCGCCGGCUGCGUGUUUUUCGGCAACAAGUGGCGUUUGGAAAACGAAAAGACCGCGGAUAACAAACCACUGCAAUCGUAUCAGAGGAAAAAGUGUUAACGUUAACGGAAUUUGUGAUGCAGUCAUGCAUCACAAAACGGGCCCAAGUUUGUCAUGCAUAGCAUGCAUACUAGCCAAAAUUUGUCACGCAUAUAUGCAAUAUAUGAAAAACGUUAACGUUAACACUUUUUUGGUUGAUAAAUCGGUCGUCGAUGUGAUGGUCGCGAAAGACGCGGCCGCCAGCUGCGGGGCUUUGGCGGUAGAGUCGAGCGACAUCAGGGAAGCAGUGCGGAUGAUUCUCCGGGACAUCGAAUCCGAGCACCAAGCGAACACAGCGGGGGAAAAGCGCGGCGCAAACGCCAUGAGCCAAGUGUUCGACCGAGUCUCGAACAUGUUCGGUGCCGGGCCGAAACGGGGAAGCAUGCAGGACAAUGCGCAACUGAAAUUGUCGCAGGUUUCAAAAUCUAUACGUGACUUACCCUGUUUGUGUUUUCAGAAUGAUGAUACAUUUUCACGAGCAGAGGAGCACAGCGUUUUCUUAUGCGGGGCAAUGCUAUCAAAAGAGAAAGCUUUUUCAAAAAUUUGCUCAGAUCGGCGUGCUGAAACCGUCCCUGAAGGGCACAAAACUGAUGAAGCAAAACCGAAGAGAGGGCGACGUGGCAACGGAAUUGAGACCAGUGCAAGAGCUGCAGGACUCAGAAUCAGCGGUAAGGUUGUUGUCAUGUCAUUUCAGUAUCGUACCAUGGGACUGUGAUGAAACAGUACUCAUCUUCAGAGCAAACGUUCUUGACGUUGUCCGCCGCAUUGCAACACGAGAAUAGCGAAACUAAAAACAUCAAAAGAAAACUGAAACUCUCUCAGGUCACCUGCAUCGUGUUCGGCCAGGAGCGAUUACACCGGUCCUACAUCCUGCUUGCCGCCGCGUCAAAGGAUGGUACGGUUGUCAUUUACCGAUGCUACCGCACGGAAAUGGAGCUGUCAAUCCUAGACAUGGCCGAGUUCCCAGCAGGGCAGGAAGACGAACGACACGAGGGUGCGGACCAUUCCAAUAUCGCGGUACACAGCAGACUCGUGGGGCACAGCAGGGCGAUUACAUCGGUACAAAACUGCUGCUCCAACUACACCUGUGACCGAGCUGUGUGUGCCGCCGGUGUCUCAGCCUCAUUGUGGUGCGUUGUUCUCAUGCACCGGAGAUGGAACUGCAAGUGGGGUAGUUCCAAAGACUUUCCAAAACUAUUCACAUCUAAAUUUUGAAAUUCAAUUCACUCUUCACAGAUUUUCUUCAACCUCUUGGAGGACCAAUUGGUCACCACGUCCAUCGACAAGUCCGUCCGAUUUUGGUCGGUGGAAACCGGUGAGAUGUUGAAAGUCUUCACAGACUCGUCUCCCGUCCCCGUCGCAACAUUUCUUCCCUUCAACCCCCAAGUCUUCGUCGCAGCCAACAGCAACGCCGUCUUGCGGCUGGUGAACGUGCAAAACGGAAUGGUCAUGCAAAAGCUCAAAGUGGAAACGGAAGUGCGAGCGCUCAAAUUCGACGACAGCGGGCUGUUUUUGAUUGCGUAUCCUAUUGUUACAUGUUUUAGUUUUACUUUGCCCGUGCGUAAAAUCCGUAACCGUAUAUGCAUUUCUUUCCCAAAUGCAAGGAAGUGAAGUUACUUACGUGCCAUCUCUUAUGCUGAAAGAUGCCGAGAGAAUGAAAAGCCAUUGAGUUUGAGUUGACUUCGAAAAUAAACAGCGGCACCAAAAACGGAUCGAUCCACGUGCUAGAAGCCUCGGAUUCCUCAACCCUCAAAUUCCGGUUCAAAGUCCAGCUCGCUCGUGGUGGUGUGACCUGCAUCACCUUCGUGCCGGCCGCUCACGGCAACCCGCCCUGCCUCCUCGUGAACACGUCCGAUAGUUCCGUUACCAUCAUAGACUGCACCUACGGACCUCCCGCCGGCGUGCUCACGAACCUAACCGUGAGGCAUCGGGUGAAAGUGGCACACUCGCUACUGCCCUUGAAGUGCUGCUACAGCCCGAGCGGGACAGGGUACUUUAGAGACUUUCUUCUUUCUUGCACCCGGUUCAAUAGGAGUGUUUGUUUCUUUAUCAGCUUUGUCCAUCCAGCGUUCUUCCAUGCGGCGGGCUCCUUCCCUGUUCGAAGUCGGGCUGUAAGGAGAAAAACCAAACAAAAAAUCUAAAAACCAGUUACCUCGUGUCCGGAAGCGAAGACAAGGAGGUCUAUAUCUACUCGCUCGGCCGCGGCAACAACUACAAGAUGCAGUACUUGAAGCACCACUUAGUUCCCGUCGUCGCUGUCGCAACCAACUACCAGGACACCCUCCUCGCGUCUGCGGACUCGCUCGGCCGCAUCGUGCUCUGGCGCCGGAUGGACUUUAGCCACCUGGGGGGCGGUGCCGCCGGGGCUGGGGGACAGGCGAUGUAGUACGCUGCUACGCUGAGACAAUCCUACUCCUAGAUGUGGAAGCAGCUGCGACGGGUAGCAGAAUUACAGUAGUGCGACCACAGUUCGCCGAUCGUGCUGUGCGAGCUACUCGUACGGGUUUGAAAACAGAGGAAACGUUGACGUCAGACAUUCAUUGCCUAUCCUCACGAGAUUUUUUUAAACAAAAACUAAUUCGAAAAUUUCAAAGACAAUUUGCAUCAACGUCCAGAAGGUAUACUAUAUCAUCUUUUUUGUUGUUCGCAGCAGGGGAAGUACUCAAGUUGUGGAUAUGGCCGGCAUUUCCCUGCUGUGGCCGUAGAGAGGUAUAGUUUCUGCUUCGUUCGCUUUACGAUUACGUUUAUUUUCACUUUCAAAUUCAUACUCAAUUGCAGUGCCACACGGAUGAAACCGGCUAUUAGAUUGGUUUUACUAGUAGCCUCAGUCGAUUCACCGUUGUAGCGGUCGGGUUUCUUGGUGGUCGGCGCUACAACAGGAACGAUGUGCUUCGUAUCCCGGCAUACGGCUGCGUCAAAAUCAAUGAUGGCAUUCUCUGCAGCAUCAUGGACGCACUACUUUUGCGCUUUUAUAGUUGGAAAUUCUGUAUCUGUAUCAUGUACUAAAGACGAGACAUUUUUACACAUGUACAAAAAGAACAGGCUUGGUGAAUCAAAGUCAUUCACGCGCACCGCACCGUUGACUGUAGCCGUCUUUCGUUCAUUUUGCAGGCUUGGCUGGUAGGUUCGGGUUGCUGAAGGUCCUCCUUCUUACUUUCAGAAACUACUAUUCCGAGUCGGGUCACCAACAUGUUUUAAAACCGUAUCACUGCUACACGUCAACGAAGGUUAUUCCGACUCACCCAGAAAUUAAUUGAAUGUGCUUUUCGACAUUGCUGACUUCUUUAGUUUCAAGCCGAAUGAACGCGAAUACGUCCGUGGUAAGUAGCAUUAGCAACAACGCGUCUCCGCCAAUUCAGUCACUUUGCUCAACCCCAGCUACCUGCGCCGGUUCAGGAUGCAGGUGGCGAAGAUGAGAUCUUGCACAAAGCUCGU